AUGGACCAGAGUCAUUCAAACGCAAGUCAAUCAAGAUCUGUAGAUCGCAAAACAAUUGAGAAAAAUAGAAGGAUUCAGAUGAAAGCUCUUUACUCAGAACUCAACUCUCUUCUUCCUCAAACUUCUAGGGCGCCUUUAACACUUCCUGACCAGCUUGAUGAAGCUGCAAACUACAUCAAGAAGCUACAAGUGAACGUGGAGAAAAAGAGAGAAAGGAAAAGGAAACUUGUUGCGACUGGAUCUUCAUCCAUGUCUUCGAGUGGCGGCGUCUCCGUACCUCGAAGGUUGCCGAAAAUCGAGAUUCAAGAAACCGGUCCACUUCUUCUCAUCUUUCUGGUGACAAGCUUGGAACACAAGUUUAUGUUCCAUGAGAUCAUUGGUGUCCUCACUGAGGAAUCAGGAGCUGAGAUCACUUAUGCUGGAUCCUCAACUGUUGAUGAUACCGCCUUCCACACUCUUCAUUGCAAGGUGGAAGAUUGUGAUCAUGAAGCUAGUAGUAGAAUUUCUGAGAGUCUGAAGAAACUUGUUAACAAUUUCAACUAAUAUUCUCUUAUAAUGUGUACCUGUUCCCCUCUUCUUGCAGCUUUUUUGGUUUAUUUGUUUUCGUUCUAUAUUUUCUUUUGUUGAAUUUUAUCUUGAAAUGUGAAAGUGAUGUUUCAGUGUGAG